UAUCACUGCACUUCAACACUUUGUUUAUAAUAUUUCAGUACCAUACAAACUGAGCAAAACAAACUAGAAACGACAGAGAGGUAAUCUGUAUGGAUCGGGAUCAAAUUGAACCUCUUCUCACUACUUACAGUGGUGUGAAGAAGUAUAAUAAAAGUUUAUUAGUAACAUCAGUGAAAUGGGUUCUGAAAAUAGUAAUGUGGGCGAUUUUCAUCUCAUGGCUUUGUUUCAUCUUCUUUUACCCCACUAAAUUCGUUAAUGGCUAUGUUGAGAAAUGGAACCAUGCCACCAGUGGCUAUCUCUAUGGUCUUGCAGGAAGUAUUUUUAUGCUAUCAAGUACACCGAUUCUUCUUAUUGCAGUUCUUGCCAUUGCGUAUCUUAUCAUCUCUUCUGGAGAAGAGGAGGAGUUUGAGCAGCACCACAAGAAGAAGAAUCCAAGAAUCCGCCUGUGGACAUUUCCUGUUCUUGUUGAUGGACCAUUUGGAGUUGUUUCUGCUGCUGAGUUCAUUGGGAUUGUCCUCUUUAUUGUGUAUAUUGUGUGGGUUUUAUAUGUUUAUACCUCACAGAAUCUCAGCGUUGUCUUUGCGUUGCAUUUAUCUCUUAAAGAUGCAAGCAUCUGGAUGCUAGAAGAGACGGGACUGCAACUUGGUUUUAUUGGGAUAUUUCUUUUGGGGUUUUUGUUUCUUCCAAUUGCACGAGGAUCGGUUCUUCUCCGUCUUAUUGAUAUCCCUUUUGAGCAUGCGACUAGAUACCAUGUAUGGUUGGGACACUUAACAAUGCUGGUUUUUACUGUCCAUGGGCUGGUUUUUGUAAUUGCAUGGUUAAUGCGGGGCGACCUUCUUAACAAAAUACUGGAAUGGGAAGAUGUUGGUUUUUCUAAUCUGGCUGGAGCUAUUGCCCUUUUAGCUGGACUUUGUAUGUGGGUUACAGCGUUUCCUGGUGUGAGAACCUGGAACUUUGAAUUGUUCUAUUACACCCAUCAACUUUAUGUGGUCUUUAUUGUCUUCUUGGCGCUCCAUGUUAGUGAUUUUGUUGUCAGUAAAGCUGCUGCUGGAAUUUUUCUUUACAUGCUUGACCGGUUCUUGAGAUUUUGCCAAUCGCGAAGGACUGUAGAUGUCAUUUCUGCUAAAAGUUAUCCAUGUGGAACAGUGCAAUUGGUUCUAUCAAAACCAGGAAUUUUGCGUUAUAAUGCCCUAAGUUUUGUAUUUCUUCAAAUUCGGGAAGUAUCAUGGCUGCAAUGGCAUCCUUUCAGUGUUGCAUCCAGUCCUUUGGAGGGAAAACAUCAUCUAUCCGUUCUCAUUAAAUCUAUUGGGGAAUGGACAGAAAAUCUGAAAAAAAAUGUUGUGGACAUUUCUGAAGCCGUAGCAGAACUGCAGGAUCAACCUUCCCAACCACAUCCAAAGAUUACAGCUUCUGUUGAGGGGCCAUAUGGGCAUGAAGUACCAUAUCACCUCAUGUAUGAGAACCUCAUUUUAGUAGCAGGCGGCAUUGGGAUUUCAGCAUUUGUUGCAAUCUUGAGCGAUGUUCUUCAUCGCGUUAAUAAAGGGAGACCCUGUUUACCGAAAAAGAUUUUGGUUAUUUGGGCUGUGAAAAGAUCUGAUGAGCUUUGUCUUCUCUCGACCGCUGAUAUGGAGUCAAUUUGUCCAGAUUUCUCUGAGAAGCUUAAUUUGGAGAUUCAUAUUUAUGUUACUCGUGAAACAGAUAGGCAAUUGGAAGAAGAGGGAGUAGUGAGCCCGUGUAAGUUGAUUUCAUCGGAGAAGGACGGUAAAAUGUCAGUUUUAGUGGGCACAGGUGAUUGCAUAUGGUAUGGAGUGUACGUUAUUGUAUCAACAGUUGGGUUUUUGAUUACAUUGGGAUUGGUAGAUGUUUACUAUGUAAACAAGUAUGGGAUAGAAGCAUGGUGGUACAAAGGGCUCAUAUUUUUAGUAUGUAUGGCUGCAAGUGUGAUUAUAUUUGGGGGCUGCGUAGUUGGUUUAUGGGAAAGGAACAGUUUGGGGAUGGAGGAAAACAAUAAACAUGGCCGUGAGGAUGAAAAUGUGGUACGCAACAAUGUGUUUGUCAAAAAUGAUAUCAUCACACACUAUGGUUCAAGACCACAAUUCAAAGAAAUAUUUUCAAGGCCCUGGGGACAUGUUGAUGUAGGUGUAAUUGUAUGCGGCCCUCCAGGCUUGGAGGGAAGUGUUGCUAAAGAAAUAAGGUCUCAGAAUUUGAGCAGGGAAGCCAAUGAUCCAGUUUUCCAUUUCCACAGCCAUAGCUUUGACCUCUAAUCAGUUCCAUUUUUCUUCACCUAUUUCUAUACUGUAUCUAUGUGUGCUUUGCCUGCAAUGCUUGCUCCUUAAAGGUAUGUAUGUUAGCAAUAUAUCACAAAUUUAAUAAUUAUAUUAUGUAAUUAUAAUAUAACUACUUUUAUUAUCCAUUAUAAAUAUAUUACCAAAGUUUUAUUAA